AUGGUCUUGAUUUUCGCCUGCCUUAGUUUUAGGUUACCCAUAAGUCACUCUAACUUCUUCUUUUGCAUUGUACCUUAUUCUUCUCAUUUUAAUCCGCUAUCAGCUCCUGUUAUGACUAUUGAUACUUUGAUGGGUGCAAACUAUGCUUCGUGGAAGGAUUCUCUUGACCUUACUCUCGCACUCAUGGAGUUUGACUGUGCGCUAACUGAAAACACUCCUCCUGCUAUUACUGAUAAGAGUAUUGAAGCUGAAAAACUACUCUAUCAAAAGUGGGAGAGAGCUAAUCGCUUGUCUCUUAUCUUCAUGAAAAACUCGAUAAGUCCUGCUAUCAGGGGAGCCAUUCCUGACGCUGCUACAACUAAGGAAUAUCUGACUAAUGUGGAGGCUCAAUUCCAAGGGACGUCUAAGGCGCAAGCCAGCACCCUCAUUCUGAAAUUGGUGACUACAAAGUAUGAUGGGAUCAACGGUAUUCGUGAGCACAUCCUGAAAAUGAAUGACAUGGCCCAAAAGCUCAAGGGAUUAAGCAUGGAGAUUAGUGAUGGCUUUCUGGUGCACUUUAUCAUGACGUCUCUACCUGCAUCUUAUGAAGCAUUCAAAGUCAACUAUAACCUUCAGAAGGAACAAUGGAAGAUGAACGAAUUGAUUGCCAUGUGCAUGCAAGAAGAAGAACGUCUAAAACUGGAGAAAGCCGAUGUUGCUUACCUGAUGACUGCUGACUCGAAGAAAAGGAAGGGGAACUACAAUAAGAAGUCUAAUGUAAAGGUCCAAAAGCGAGAUACAGGUGCAAGUGCUUCUGGCUCUAAUGACUCCAAAGGGAAGAUUCACUGCAAGUUCUGUCGUAAGGUGGGACAUAAGCAGAAGGACUGCCCGGACUUUAAGGAGUGGCUAGCCAAGAAAGGGAUUCCAUACAAUUCAGAAGCUGGAAAGAAACCAAAGAACGCUUAA